GGAACAGUUUGUAGUUUAAUACUUUAUUACUGUGCUGUGUAUUAUAUUAUUCCGAGCAGUGCUUGCAUAGAACAAAUUUCGCCUAACCUAAAAUUUACAUGGCGAGUCUUUCGAAGUUACAUUCGUUACUUGUUUUGCAACACUGCAUGAAUAGCUGAGGAUAUAGUAGUCAUGGCUGCUUAUAUAAACCGUACAGUCUCGCUGAUGUCUGGUGAUGAUCCUGUUGGCCGGGGUACAUCCAUGGCUGUAGGACCGAUGGGUGAUGGCCAGUCUUUACAUGAUUCCUCCUCACUUCAGAUCUUCAUCAAGGCAAAGAAGAAGAUCAACGACAUAUUUGUUGAGAUUGAAGAUUAUGUCCUUGAUUCUGUCACUUAUGUACAGAGCCUGCAGCGAGAGAGAAGCAUUGUGAAUUCUGAUGACGCAGCGAAAGUUGAAAGCUAUAUUGCGAAGGCGAAGGGCAUCCGAGAUGUUCUCACUCGGAAUCACAUGAAGGUGGCUUUCUUUGGAAGGACAAGCAAUGGCAAAAGCACAGUGAUUAACGCAAUGUUACAUGACAAGAUCCUUCCUAGUGGUAUUGGUCAUACAACGCACUGUUUUCUUCAAGUGGAGGGCUCUGAAAGCGGAGAGUCUUAUCUUGUCACAGAAGAUUCAACGGAGAAACAAAAUGUCAAGUCUAUUGGACAACUUGCUCAUGCCUUGUGUAAGGAGAAGCUUGGCGAAAACCAGUUGGUGCAUAUCUACUGGCCCAAAGACAAGUGUGUGCUGCUGAGGGAUGAUGUUGUCUUUGUUGACUCGCCAGGAAUCGAUGUGUCUCCUAACUUGGACGAGUGGAUUGACCGAUACUGUCAGGACGCGGAUGUCUUUGUGCUCGUUGCUAAUGCGGAAUCUACCCUGAUGCUGACAGAGAAAAAUUUCUUCCAUAAAGUGUCCACACGAUUAUCGAAACCAAACAUAUUCAUUCUGAACAACCGUUGGGAUGCCUCAGCUACCGAGCCUGAAUUUCUUGAUCAGCAUCGAAACGAACAGAAUGAGGUGCGAGCCCAGCAUAUGGAGCGAGCUGUUGACUUCCUGGUCAAGGAAUUGAAAGUGUGUACACAGAAGGAGGCACACGAAAGGAUAUUCUUUGUGUCGGCGAGGGAAGCUUUGCAGGCUCGCCUGCAGGAGCAGAAGGGCCUACCUGCCCACAGUGAGAAUAAAACAAUUACUCAUCCAUACAGUGGUGGAUUAGCAGAUGGCUUCCAUAACCGAUAUUUUGAAUUCCAAGACUUUGAGAGGAAGUUUGAAGAUUGCAUAUCAAAGUCAGCAGUGAGAACAAAAUUUCAGCAGCACUCGCAACAAGGGAAGCUUAUCGUUGCAGACGUACGGACAGUCAUGGAUAGGACAUACGAUCGGGCACAGCAGCUUAGAACAGAGAAGGCCGAGUCAAAGAAGGAACUUCACGAGAAAUUGAACUUCACCGAGCAGCAGCUGCUACUUCUCACACAGGAAAUGAAAGACAAGAUCCGUCAGAUGGUGGAAGAUGUUGAGCAAAAGGUGUCCAAAGCAUUAAGUGAAGAGAUCCGCCGCCUGGCUGUGUUAGUGGACGAGUUCAGUCUGCCUUUCCAUCCUGAACAGCUUGUUCUGAACGGCUACAAGAAGGAGCUGCAUGUCUAUGUUGAGAACGGGAUGGGCAGUAACCUCCGUUCCAGGUUGUCUGCUGCGCUCGCAAUGAACAUCGAGAAUAGCCAGCGUGAAAUGACAGAGCGAAUGUCCGUUCUGCUACCGGCAGACAAGAAGCAAGUUUCUCUUAACGUUUUGUCUCGACGAGAACCAUUUGAGAUUCUGUAUCGAUUGAACUGUGAAAACUUGUGUGCUGAUUUCCACGAGGAUCUGGAGUUUAGAUUUUCAUGGGGACUUACUUCCAUCAUCUCUCGCUUCGCUGGCAAGAAAGCUGACAGCCUUGCAUUAACAAACUAUACACAGCGGAUUCCACGUGAUUUGCUGUCACCAUCAGACAGUCUUGAUGUUACGCACUUAAAGUUACCUUCAAACAGCACAGAAGACUGGACGAGCAUAGCUUCAAGGAUAGCAAUGGCUUCAAUUGGCUCACAAGGAACAGUGGGGGGACUUCUGGUUGCGGGAUUCAUGCUGAAGACUGUUGGAUGGAGGGUAAUUCUUGUGACAGGUGCCAUCUAUGGUUGCAUAUAUCUGUAUGAACGUCUGACUUGGACCAACAAGGCCAAAGAACGGCAGUUCAAACAACAGUAUAUUAACCACACAACGAAGAAACUAAGGCAGAUCGUUGAUUUGACGUCCGCUAACUGUAGCCACCAAGUACAGCAAGAGUUGUCGAGCACGUUUGCACGGUUGUGUCAUCUUGUUGAUGGAGCUACUAAUGACAUGGAUGCAGAAAUCAAGACAUUGGCCAAGGAAAUAAGGCAGUUGGAAGAAGCAGCCAGUUCAUCCAAACUCCUGCGGAACAAAGCCAAUUACAUAACGAAGGAGCUGGAGAUAUUUGAUGAUGUGUAUUUUAAACUACAGAACUGAGCUGGUACUUUCAUAUCUUAAUGGUGUACUGCUAUGGAUCACUGGAGUGAAUAUGAAGGGUGCAAUCUUCUGCCAUAUAAUACCACAUAGUUUGGUACAGGUCCACUGGCAUUUCAGAGAUAUUAACACUGUUACUAGACAUUUCCUGAUAAUGGCUCUAGCAGUGGCCCUUCCUCUGCCUCUGGGGUCAGGUUCUCUCUUCACAGACCAUGUAGAAAACACAGCUCUUCCAUUGUUGUAGUCCAGCUGUUGAAUUGUUCAGAAUCUGCUGUCUAGCAAUGGGAACAUGUUAUCGAGCUGUUGCCCAGAAACAGCCCUUAUAUAUCUGUUUAUCUCACAGGUGUUGCAUAGCAACAGCUCUACAUGCUUCAAUAUCUCUUCUAUCUUCAGAGUGAAAGAGUAAGCCAAGUGAGAAACCUCUGUUUGCUCCUUGCACUGUUCUGGGUUCUUGCUUGACUUACUUCGACCCUGAAGAUGGAGGAGUUACGUUCAUCCAAAAUGCGGGUGUGCUGCUGUCUGACUACACAGCAUUACAACCCAGAAGAUCGUACCCUUCAGUGUAUUGCCAGUGUAUCGGGCAGUUACCAAGUGUUGCUAGUAUAAAUUUGUUUUCUGUAUGAAUUUAAAGUUUGGUUGGGGCAGUUUUAUGACUUCUUUUAACACAAUUCAAAAUUCAUAGUGAACUAACCAGUGGCAUUAGCAUCAUCAAAGCAUUCCCUGUAUUAGGACUUUUUGUUUUCAUGUAGUGUUAUGCUUUGCUAUGAGAAGCCUUAAUGUAAUUUCCCCUGUAACCUUUUGCGGUUGAGUUUAGCUACUUAUUGUCUUGUAUUACAACGAAAUCUCUUUGUAGCUACUGAAAGUAAUAGUAAUAUUAAAAAGUGGGCUGGGAAGAUUGAUCAUAGUUUAACUACUGAAAUACCUUGUAAGUUUUGAGGUUUUCACGGCGAUGACUAUGAAGAAAGUCGUCUUCUGGGCGCCAGAUCUCAGAAGACGACUUUCUUUACUGAAAUACCUGUUUGUGGAUUACAAAGUUCAUUCUUUUUUUUUUUAGUAGUAAAUACCAAAGUGUUGUACACUUCACUAAUUUAUUCUUUUUAUUUAUGAUUUUGGCUGGAAAGUAUCGUUAAUGAAUUAUCAGCAGUACUGUGUUCAACUGUACUGUUCUGUUUUAAAGUAAACAGAGCAUGGCCAAGAAUUUGUGGGAUUUUUUUUUUCUUCAGAAAAACAAAGAAAUAUUUUGUACAGAAUCUUGUUACUGUUCAGAGAGUUUACUUCUUGGCAGAAUGUAUUUAUGGUGCUAUUGCAUUACCAGGUAAACUUACAUGUUCGCAUAAAUAAAUUUGUAAUGGUAAAGAUAUCUACUGUAAUUUGUAUAAAUAGUUAAUAAUAUUACAAAUUUUGUUUGUUUAAAUUUGCUGUAAUGCAAGUAUUUAUUUUUCUCUGUUUUAUGUUAUACAUGAUGCAUCUAGUCAGGCAGCUUUUUGUAAAAGAAAUGACAUGUUCCUGUAAAAUACAUUUGUACAUGCAGAGAUUAAAAAUUAUUACAUGUUA